CCUCGAGGACAGGGGACGUCCCUGUUUCUCUCCUUCCGUAGUUUUAUUUUCAAACUGUGCCGGGUGGGUGCAGUCCCCUCCCGUUGUCUCUGGAAGGAGGAAGGUUCAGAGCAGUCCCAGCCCCACGAGGGUCACUCAGCCGCCCUGGUCCCCAGUCCCUCUUGCAUCCCCAGAAUCCCUUUUCUGCCUGUUUGGGGCCAGGAGUUUGGCAGAAGUUACAGGAUCAAAGGAAGGAUGAGUGAGCCGGCCCUGUGUGGGCAGAGCCGCCAGGGUCUCACAUCUUGGCCUGUUUGCUUCAGACGGGAUCUGGGAACUUGUCUGGAAUCACAUCUAAGGCAGGAUCUGACGCCGCUGGUCCCACAUCACGUGCUGGGCUCUUGCACUGACCAUUCUGAGGAAUUUGGGGAUUUUGGCACGGGCAGACAUGCUGGGACCCUCAAGCCCCUCUUUUCCAGCCUCCCAGCUCCUCGCCCACACGAGCUCUGCGGCGCUGGCAGAUUGCUCUCCAGGGCGUGUUUUCCAUGGAUACCUCGACGGAGGCAGCACCAAAUAACAAGUGGAAGCAGGAGAGGUGACACUCUGUGCCCUGGUGGGGAGGUUUCACACACGGGGUUCGCACAGAUGUGCAGGUGCUGUGUCACCCCAUCCCAUCCCAUCCCAUCCCAUCCCAUCCCAUCCCAUCCCAUCCCAUCCCAUCCCAUCCCAUCCCAUCCCAUCCCAUCCCAUCCCAUCCCAUCCCAUCCCAUCCCAUCCCAUCCCAUCCCAUCCCAUCCCAUCCCAUCCCGUCCCGCACACCCCGGGGCAGCAUCUGCGGGGCGGCCCCGGCCAAGCCGUGAAUCACCCGCACAUCAAAGCGCUCACAGCCCCGGCAGCCGCUCCGAGAGGACAGUGCCUGUGCAGAUGUUCAGCGGCAGCUUUUCUCAAUUACAGAGAGCUGCAGAAUUUACCAGAAAACGCAGGGAAAGGAAGGGAAAGAGUCCUGGCCAGUGGAGGGCUGGAGGAAAGAACCCACGCAUCCCUUGAAGCUUCAGCCCAGCACAUCACCACGUGCUCCGUUUUAGCUCCAGUAUUACAUUGAAUUAUCUCACAUUCCCCUCCAGCCCUUGCUGUGGUGGGGAUCACCUGCUCCCAUCAAAAUAUUUUUCUUCUUUAGGAAAGCCCCUCCUUGCUGGGCUUCACGGGCAUGAGGGGAGCUCAGGCUUCUGAUCCAAGCCUUUGGAGCUGGUGAAAUUCCUCCUGGAAAAUAGAUGAUACCGAAGCUGGCCGUGUGACCCACAGCAGGGUGACACACGGCAGUUUUUGGCUGAGCCUGCCCAGCUCCCACGGACACUGUGGACUAGCAGGAGUCUCAUAGUCCGGUCAGUCACCCGGGCAGGACAACGGCAUCACUCCCACAUGACAGCUGGACUUUCCCCUUUCGACAGCAAAAAGAGCAAAAUUCAGUGUACCUUGAGAGCACAAGUGGGACAGUGGGACGUGCCUGGUCUUUCCUCUGGGAGUCACAGAACGGGUGCAAGGUGGGAUGGGGAGCAGGGUCCAGGGCCAGCUCCUCUCCCCAGGCUGCAGGUGCUCUCUCUGGUUUUCUGUUUGAACAAAGCUGCUGCUCUGAACGUGGCUCACAACCUCCAGCCCACAGCAGACCCUCCCCAGAGUCGUCUGCCCAGGUUGCUCAGGAAGGAAUGUGCUCGCCCGUGGUUCCCCCUCAUCCCAGGAGAGUCUCCUCCUCCCUGGGGAUGCAGAGAUGCUGUGCUCCCUCCAGAACACAUCAGGGUUCUCCAUCUCUUCAGAGAACUGUCCAGAGGAAGAGGGGCUAGAUGGGAGUGGGAUUAAUCCCCACACAGGCAGUGGCAUCACCUUUUAUUAAUGUCCUGUAAUAAUAUUGUAAAAAUUCACUGGGAAAUAAUUAUAUCCUAUAAAAGGAGCAGCAGCCCGUGGCUUGAGCCAGAACUGGUUCGUCACACUUGUUUUAAAGAGACGUUUCAUGUCUCGUUUAUAGAUUAGAUUUUAACCUGACCACCUUUUAACAUUGUAUUAAAUUAGAAAUUAACUUUG